ACGAGUACAUGGCAUCAGUACUGCCGAUGUUAUGGCCAGUUCACCAAACUGGAAGCGCAGAUCAAGCACUUUCGUUGAUGCUAUCCAUGACUUGCCCGAGAAGGAGAGUAUGGCGCCUGCUCAGCUCUACAGCACCGAGUCUGGCCGUUUGUUCCACUCCGGUAGGAUAGUCAUCGCUACCGUUGGCCUGCCUGCUCGUGGCAAGACUCACACCUCAGUUGCUCUGGCCAGAUAUCUACGAUGGCUUGGUGUUAAGACCCGUAUAUUCCAUCUUGGUGAUUACAGGAGAGCGACCAUGGGUGAGGGCAAAGAAGUCCCUGACGAUUACUUCUUUAUCAACGCUUCUCCUUCUUCGGUUCUACUCCGCCAGAAGAUUCUCCGAAAGUGUAGGGAGGACAUUUACGAUUUCCUCGAGCACGAGAACGGUCAAAUUGCCAUUUACGAUGCAGUAAAUCCUUCUGCUGCCGGUCGCAUUUCCCUCGCCAAAGAGUUCUCCAAGCAUAACGUGCAGACACUUUUCAUCGAGUCGCAUUGUACAGAUGAAAAAAUCAUCGAGGAGAACGUCCGCAGCGUCAAGAUCUCGUCUCCCGACUACCAAGGUUGGUCUGACAAGGAUGCUGUCAAAGACUACCUGGCCAGAAUCAACGCUCGCAUUCCUCACUUUGAGUCCAUGGAAGAGGCUGAGCUGCAUUACGUGAAAAUGAUCAACGCUGGAGAACGCGUGAUUGUCAAUAACUGUGCUUUCAACUAUCUCUCUCAGCGUAUUGUCUUCUACCUUCUGAAUCUCCACACCAAGCACCGCUCGGUUUACUUUGCUAGAGCUGGUACGACAAGAGAUGAAGACUCUUAUAAAGCUGACGCUUCGCUUUCCGAGGAUGGUGUGGCUUACUCGAAGAAGAUGAGUGAUGCCCUUAUCAGCCACAGAGAGGACGAGCGCAAGCAACUUAUCGAGAGAGGUGGUCCCGAUAUCCCAUUGAAGCCCCUGACAGUCUGGACAUCCACCAGACGACGCACAGUCGAGACGUCGCACUAUCUGGAGAGCCUGGGAUACUCUGUGAAGCAACGUCCUCAGAUGAGUCAGCUUAAUCCUGGCCCCAUCAUCCUGGAGCUGGAGCGCGAGCAAAACGAUCUUCUCAUCGUGGCCCAUGAGAGUGUACUGAGAGUGCUUUAUGGUUACUUGAUGGCUUGUGGUGCGCGCGACAUCCCGAAGUUGCAGUUCCCUCGUGACGAGAUUAUUGAGCCAGACGUAUUCACGUCUCCGGUGUACCAGCUCAGAUUGUACCUGACAGCCCUGAAGACU